AUGAAGGUCGAUCCCGAGCGAGCCAUUGCGGCGCUGAUCGCUGCCAAUCCAAAGCUGAAGCUGGAUUACACCGCAAUUGCUAAAAUGUACGGACAGGGUGCCAAGUACAACACCAUGGAGCACAGAUUCCGGGCUUGGCGCAAGACCGCCGAGAAUCUGCGCGUCACCGCUGGUGAAGGAAAUCCCCAGAGUCAGCCCCAGACUACUCCGAAGACUCCUCGCACUCCUACCCCUGGUGAAAAGAAAGCAGGUUCUCGCUCUAAGCGCAAGACCGACAAAGCUACCAAGACCGCCGAGGCCGACGACUUCGCCGACUCCAAGGCCGCCGAACAGAACAUUGAUAUUGUCGAGAUCUCCGGCGACGAGACCAGCCCUAUCAAGCCCGAGAUCAAGCAGGAGAAUGAGAUGACCCGAUCCCUGAUGGGUAUCAAGAGCUACCCCGCCUCCGACAGUGAUGCCGACGACGAUGAUGUUCAGGGCAUGGAUGAGCACGUGACCAAACGUCUCAAGACCGAGUUGGACAGGGAUGAUGUCCCCACCCAGCUGCCAGUCAUUGACCUGGAGAGAGAGGUUCGUAUUGACAGCAAGUCUAAUGGUUAUGACCUUUCUCUUCCUUCCAUGGCGGUGACUGCCCCCGACGCUCACGAGAAUGUUCUGGCCAAUCUGGACACCCUGGUCCGCGGCUCGGUUGCCUACGACUCUGUCUUUGGCAGCGAAGCAUGA